AUGCUGUCGAUACUCCGGAAAGCACGAUUAAAAGACAAGGAGCUUCGCGUGCUAAUCCUUGGAUUGGAUAACGCUGGCAAGACGACUAUUGUGAACCAUCUCCUGGGCAAGGAUACGUCGCAGAUAUCUCCCACACUUGGGUUCGUCAUUAGCACCGUCGACUGGGAUGGAUAUCGAAUCAAUAUUUGGGAUGUUGGAGGACAGAAGACGCUGAGAACCUACUGGCGGAACUACUUCGAGCGAACGGAUACAUUGCUUUGGGUUGUCGAUGCGACUGAUGAAGCAAGAAUGAAUGAUUGCCGAGAAGAAUUGGCAAAUUUACUAGUUGAAGAACGAUUGAUGGGAGCGAGCCUGCUCGUCGUGAAGAAUAAAACCGAUGUUCACGGGUGUUUGUCUAAUGAUCAAGUACGGGACAUUUUGCGACUGGACGACAUUCGCACCCACCGAUGGUCAAUCAUGGAGUGUAGCGCUAUGACCGGACAAAACCUCCCGGAGGCCAUGAACUGGGUACUAGCGGAUGCGAAAGAGAGGCUGUUCUUAUUUUGAGCACCCCGUGUUCUUGAAGGACCACUACAAGCGUCUACCCGGUGCUUGCUGGAGAGACAAGACAUAAUCAAAUUUACUCCUACGGGCGGCAGAAUACGAAAGAUGGCAGGGUGCAGUCUAUGCAAUUUCCGUGUGGUAUCUUAUGCUAUCAAACAGAAUGUCCCGAGCCAUCAUUCAUCCUCUACUCGCAUGGCAUGGUCAUCGGUCUUCAUGAGGCUUAGGUAUCUU